AUGAAUGACAUCUUCCACUCAUUUCAUCUAUCCCCUAAAGAAGAGAAGGUAACGCCACAAUCAUCAGCCAGUAAGGGAAGUGCAUCAAAAGGGUUAAACAGUUAUUUUAAACAAGGAGCACAUUCCACUGAUAUAAGUCCAUUUUCAAGUGAUGAUGGAGUUCCGGAACCAACAAAUAAUAAUUUGGCUUCAUUCCUUGAGGAUGAUAGCAACCUAGAUCCUAAUGUACAAAAAUCUAAAAUCGAUAUGUCUACAAUAGAUGAAUCCUUAUUUUCCUUUAUUUCAAAUCCUGCAAACUUUGACGAACAACAAUUAGAUGAAGAACAACAUCAAGAAGAGGAAACACAUAUUGCCGGUCCAACACAAUCCCCAAUCGUGCAACAAACAUGUGUUUCAAAGAAUGGUUCAUUGAAGAGCAACAACAGUGCCGAGAUGAUUGAGAGUUUUCUUACCACUUGUGAAAAUUUGAGCCAAUUCCUUGAGGGAGACUCUUUGGGAAGCAUUGAAGACUUUUUCGUGGGCUCCUGUUACGAUAUUUCAAAAUUAAGUUCAGAAGAGAUUAUCAAAUUGUUCCAAGAUAGUUAUGGAACUGGAAACUUUGAGUCGAAAAGAAGAUUUUCGAACUUUGUGUCUGCUAAGGUAAUGCCAUUCUUAGACGAAAUUAUACAUAACAAUGAGAAUUUUCUUGAAGAGACAAUCAAAAAAGAGAUUCAAAAGGAAAAUUAUAAUAGCCAAAAACUAUUAUUUUUAUUUAUGGUCUUUUGUGCAUUACAAGGACAAUCAAUCAAAUCUCAUAAAGGACAAAUAGAGAUGCUUAAACGAGAAGGUCUCUCCAUUUCAGCAAAACAUUUGGGAGAGCACGCAAAAAAAAUUAAGGAAUUUAUUGGGACUAUUCAAACAAAGGAUCAAAUCAUUGAGAAAUUAUCAAAGGAUAAUGAGCACUUACUUUCAGAAUUGAAUGCUAGUUGUCAGGAGAACGAUGGAUUAGUAAAAAAGGUCAAGAACAUGAAAUUGAAAAAGAAACAUGCUAUGGAUUGCUUGCAAGAAAAAUCCAGUGACCUCGAGAACUUGAGAAGAGAGCUUUCCUCAACAAAGACUGAGCUAUUACAAAAUGUGGAAAAGAUUUCUCUUCAAUAUCAAAGUGAGUUGAAACAAGCCAUGGUGAUGAUUUCAUUGAAGGAAAACCAAAUAACAGAAAAAAAGCAAACCAAUGAUUUUGCAGUAGAAGAAUACAGAGAAGAACUUAAAAAGCUUGAAGUGAUGGUUUGUAAGAAGGAAAAGCAAAUAGAAAGCCACAUCGAAAGAGAGAUUUCUUUAAAAAACACCAUGAGAGAAAUGCACUUAAAGUAUACCGAAGCUCUUUCCAAGAUUAAUGAACUUUCUAGGCUUACAAAGGAAUUGCCAACUGUUACCACUCCAAGCACACCAGUGGUAAACACUGAAAUUAUGGAUGCCAUCAAAGAAAUGAAAGCUGUUAAGGAACAUUUUUCAUCAUUGUUGGAGAAGGCAGUAGCAGUUCAUCAAUCUGUCGACACUCAAUCUUAUAUCAAUAAGAAGGAAAUGGAUGAACUUAAAAGAAAAUUGGAAAUGUACCAAAUUGAACUUACUCUGGAUCCAGAAGGAACAAGAGAGGAGAGUAAGGAGCUCAAGGCAAAAGUGGACAUUCUAUCAAAGCAAAAGGACAUGCUGUGUGAGGAAAUCAAGAGUCUUAACCAAGAACUUGCUGUAUUGAGAGUUAUUUCACAGGAAAGAUCUUUUGAAAAACAAAGAUUUGAAACCAAGAUAACAGAGCUUCUUGAAAACCAACAAUUAAGAGAGGAGAAAUAUAAGAAGCUUAAAAAGCAAUUAUUUAAGCUCAAGAACAAAGAAUAUCACUAUGUGAAAGAACAAUCCUCUCUCGAGCUAAAAACAGCCAAAUUGAUUGAUCAAAACCAAGAAUUAUUCCUUAAAAUUAAGUCUCUUGAACAUAACCAAAUGAUGAAUGAAGGAAAGAGAAUCAGAUUGUCAGUGGACUUGGCAGGUGCUUCAAAGGAACAUGAACUCUUAGUUCAGCAACACAAUAAGGCAAUUGCUAAACUCUCAACAGAUCAAGGAGAAAAAUUAAAGAAGGAAAAGGAAGAGCUAGAGCAAUUGGUGAUUAAACUCAAAGAUGAGAACGAGUCUCUGAGAAAAUCCAUUCAACAACAAAAUUCACAACUCUUACAAAUUGUCCAAAGCGAAGAAACAAUUAAGAGAGCCAUUAGCUCACCAAAUAUGGCUACUGAAUCAGUUUCAGGACAACAACCAUCUCCAACUUCUCCAACUUCAAUUGUUGAGCCUGAAGAAGGAAAGAAAGGGGAUAUUUCUUUCAGAGUUAUUCCUGUUAAACGAAAACCUCUUCAACAAGCCAACUCACAAAAUAUUUUGGAAAACAUUCCUCAACAAGCAACUAUUGGUGUAAAGAUAACAAAGAAACUCCCAACAAUUCUUCAUCCUGAAGGAAAGGAAAAUAUUGUAAAUCUAAGGUAA